UCUGUGUGUAUCAGAGUGAGUGUGUGAGUGUGUGUGUGUAUCAGUGAGUGAGUUUUUGUGUCAAUACGUGUGUGGAUCUGUGUCUCGGUUACCCCGGAGGAAUACACACUGACACCCACACCGGUGGGACAGGCCACUGUUGACUCCCAACCUCAACCACCCUCCUACCCCCAUCUGGCUCUGCUGUCCCGGGUGGUGGGAGAGGAUCUCCCGAGAUUCCUACCCACUCCAGAGCAGCUGACAGUUCACUCGGACAGCCUUCCCCUUUAAGAGAUUCCUCACCUCCGGCAGUUCAAAGUUCGGGAUGUGCACUUGGACCGGUUGCCAUGUCAACUGCGCACCUGGGGGAAGUCAAUCAUUGACACGAAGGUGGGGAGGGCUGGCCAGGUGAGUCCGUCCCCCUCUCUUUCCCCCCUCCCUCUCUCCCUCCCUCUCUCUGUUCCCUCCCACUAUGGACACGAGGCGCAAGGCUCUGAACUGCUCCGUGGCGGAUGGAGAAAUCCCGCUGUCUGGCGAUUUCUUCAAAGCCAUCCGGUCAGAGGUGUGGAUCUUUGUCUUACCGGCGGCCAUGACCCUGGUCAUCCUCAUUCUCUUCCUGGAGGAGAUGGGCUUCUUCCUCCGGAAUGUCGGCAGUCCGACGCGCUGGCGCCUCAGCCUCUGGAUCCUGGGAAUAUAUCCGGUGUUUGCUGUGACGUCCCUCAUCGGGCUAUAUGUCCCCCGAUCUGCAUCCCUCUGCAGCUUCGUGGCUUCCAUCUACCACUCCAUUACACUUUGGAAAUUCCUGGGGCUGAUCACAGAUUUCUUCGGAGGGAAGGCGAGGAUGUUGGAGCGUCUGGCUGGGGAGCAGGUCUUCCCCGGUCCCUUCCCCUGUUGCUGCUGUUGCUGUUGUCCCUUCAUUGCCGUCACCAGAGUGAGCCUGCGCUGGAUGACGGUCGCUGUGUUCCAGCUCUCCGUCGUCAGGACUGCAUUGUUCUUCGUGAUGCUGGUCCUGUGGACAGACGAGAAGUACGCUUAUGGGGAGGUGGGCUUCCUCAGCCCUAACACCUACGUGCACGUAAUCAUUGGUGCCUCCACGUUCCUCUCCUUCUACGGCUACCUCCUCUUCUACAAGGCCACCAAGAGUUCGCUGCCCGGCUACGGACUCCAGGGCAAGUUCGUCUGCGUCACCGUGGUCCUGGUCUUGUUUGGGGUGCAGAGCGGCAUCCUGGAGACCAUGGGUGCUUUGGGCGCCAUCCCAUGUUCGCCUCCCUUCUCCGUCGACAUGCGUUCGCAGAUCAUCUUCAACUACGCAGUGAUCGUGGAGAUGUUCUUCAUCAGCCUGCUGGCUCGUUUCUGCUUCCGCAAGGUGGAACCGGGCAGCCACCCCGCCCCUGCCCCUGGCCCGCCCCGCCAGCACAAGUCCGCCCAGACGGAGGACGGCCGUUCUGCCGGCACCCCGGAGCCCGACCAGCUCUCGGCAGCCGCCAGCCCGGACGAGGCGCUGUGCCGGAUCGAGCACGCGCCGCUGGACCGCUUCGACUUCGGAGCGGCCGCGAGGUCACUGGGGGGCCGCGGACUCGAUCCCGAGGGGAGACCCGCGCCUGCUCGGGGCGGGACUGCCGCGCGAGACCCGGCGCCUGCGGGGCUGAACGCCGUCCAGGUGGAGGUGCAGGUCAACGCUUGCGAGGCCAAGCAUGACGUGACUGUGGUCUGAACCGAAGGUCCGUAGAGACUGGACUGUCCCAGAAAUAUUGCAUUUACUCAGAGACACAGUGCAGAAUAGCUCCUUCCAGACCAUCAAGCCCAGUAGUCCCCGAUUUAACCGUACUCUAAUCGUGGGACAAUUUACAAUGAUCAGUUAACCUACUAACCAGGAGGUCUUUGGACUGUGGGAGGAAACCAGAGCACUCGGAAAAAGCACAUGUAUUCCUCGGCGAGGACAUAGAGAGGAUGCCGGGAUCGAACUCCGAAUUCGACGCUCUGAGCUGUAAUAGUGUCGCGCCAACCGCUACGCUACUGUGGCACCCAAGGGUGCGGCUCGAUGAGCUGGGUGGGGACUAUUCUCCGCUGUAUCUCUGAGUGUCAUUACUUACUACAAAGGAAAAAGUGCCAGGCAAACUUAAAGGUCACCUGGACCAGAUGGACUACAUCCCAGAGUCCUGAGAGAGGUCACUGAAGAGAUAACGGAUGCAUUGGUCAUGAUCUUUCAAAGAAUCUCACUCUGGCAAGGUCCCAGAGGACUGGAAGAUCCGCAGAAGGGAGGAUGCCAAAAGAAAGGAAAUCAUAGGCCAGUUAUGUUAACUUUAGAAGUUGGGAAAGUGUUAUAGGCUAUCAUUAAGGAUGAGGUUUCGGGGUACUUGGAGACUAAUAAUAAAAUAAGUCAAAGUCAGCAUGGUUUCUGUAAGGGAAAGUCUUGCCAAACAAAUCUGUUAGAGUUCUUUGAGGAAAUAACAAGCAGGGUGGACAAAGGAGAGGCAGUGGAUGUCAUUUACUUAGAUUUUCAGAAAGCGUUUGAUAAGGUGCCACACAUGAGGCUGCUUAACAAGAUAAAAUCUUAUGGUAUUACAGGAAGGAUAGAGGAAUGGCUGACAGGCAGGAGGCAAUGAGUGGGAAUAAAAGGGGCCUUUUCUGGUUGGCUGCCAGUGACUAGUGGUGUUUCUCAGGGGUCAGUAUUGGGACCGCUACUUUUCACACUGUUUGUCAAUGAUUUGGAUCAUGGGAUUGAUGGUUUUGUGGCAAAGUUUGCGGAUGAGACAAAGAUAGGUGGAGGGGUAGGUAGUUCUGAGGAAGCAAUGCGAUUGCAGCUAGUCUUAGACAGAUUGGAAGAAUGGGAAAAAAAGUGGCAGAUGGAAUACAGAGUUGGGAAAUGUACGAUAAUGCAUUUUGGUAAAAGGAACAAUAGUGCGGACUAUCAUCUAAAUGGGGAGAAGUUUGAACAUCAGAAGUGCAAAGGGACUUGGGCAUCUUCGUGCAAGACUCCCAGAAGGUUAAUUUAACAGGUUGAGUCUGUGGUAAAGAAGGCAAAUGUAAUGUUGGCAUUUAUUUCAAGGGGAAUAGAACAAACGAGCAAGGAGAUAAUGCUGAGGCUUCGUAAGACACCAGUCAGGCCGCACGGAGUAUUGUCAACAGUUUUGGGACCCGUAUCUUAGAAAGAUGUGUUGUCAUUGAAGGGUCCAGAGGGGGUUCAGAAGGGGUUAAUAUACGAGGAGUGUUUGGUAGCUUUGGGCCUGUACUCACAGGAAUUUAGAAUACGUGGGGAUCUCAUUGAAACCUACCGAAUGUUGAAAGGACUAGAUAAGGUGGAUGUGGAGAGGAUGUUUCCUAUGGUAGGGGUAUCCAGAACUAGAGGGCACAGCCUCAAAAUUGAAGGGCAACCCUUUAGAACAGAGGUAAGGAGGAAAUUUUUUUUUAGCCAGAGUGUAGUGGAUCUGUUGAACGCUCUAACACAGGCUGCAGUGGAGGCAGUCCAUGAUUAAGGCAGAAGUUGAUCAUUUCCUGAUCGGUCAGGGCAUCGAAGGAUAUGGCGAGAAGGCAGGUGUGUGGGGUUGAGUGGGAUCUGGGAUCAGCCAUGAUGGAAUGGCAGAGCAGACUCGAUGGGCUGAAUGGCCUAAUUUUGCUCUUAUGUCUUAUGGUCUUAUGGUCUAAAGGACUAUGGGUUGUGUCAGCUCCCACACGUUGACAAAAACCAGCCCUGUCCUCCCCAUGAGCUACAGGGAGACCGGACAGAAUUCCACAAGGCAUUGCAAAUAGCGGGGAGAACACAAGAGAUUCGGCAGAGCAACACACAGUCUGGACGAUUUAAACACUGGGCCAGAUGGAUUGAGAAGGAAGGGUGUUGGGAUGAGAGGCGAGGGUCGGGUUGGGUCGAGUCAGUUCUGCUCCCUGCUCUGUUACAUUGGCUCAGCUCUGCGCUGAACUGAGGGUGAAGCUGUGGCUGCUGUGUCUGUUCUGGGCUUCAUAUCGGAGGACCCACUUUUGUUCUAAAUGCUAUCUGCUUAUUUGUAUUGUUUGCACGAUUUGUUCUUUUCUCUCUCUCCACACAUUGGGAGUCUGACGGACAUUUUUUUAUGGGAUCUUUGUUUUGUGUCUGCCUGUAAGGAGGCGAAUCUCAAGGCUGUAUAAAGUAUACACACUUUGAUAAUAAAUGUGCUUUGACUUUUGAACUUGGAGAGAAUACUAAAGGAACUCAGCAGGUCAGGCAGCAUCCGUGGAGGGGAAUAAACAGUCGAUGUUUCGGGCCAAGUCCUGAGAAAGGGUCUCGGCCUGAAGUAUCGACUGUUUAAAGAUUAGCUUUAUUUGUAAGCACGAGCAAUGCACAGAAAACGCUCAGCGAGUCGGGCAGCAUCUAUGGAGUGGAAAAAACUGUCAACAUUUCAGGUCUAGUCCUGAUGAAAGGUUUCAAACCACACAGCGAAAUAUGUCAUUUGCAUCAAUGACUAAUACAGUCCAAUACUGGGGGCAGUCAUGGGGAGAAUGUACAAACUUCUUCCAGACAGUGGUGAGAAUAACAUACAUGGAAAGUGUUAUGGUAACCGCUACACUGCUAGGACCAAAAUACCAUCUUUUUUUCUCAGCCGUGCAGACCAACCAUUGUUCUGAACAGGAAAUGUUUACACAGCCCGAAACAUGCACGGUACUUUUAUAAACAUGAUAUAAAAGAAUAUUCCAGCGGCACGGCAAUGAAGGCUAUGUGCAUGGGAGCCUUUCAGUUGUGGCGUGGCUGCGCACCAGCACAUCUUAGAGUGGCCAUGGCACCUUAGUUUAUUCCUCUCCACAGAUGCUGACCGACUUGCUGAGUUCCUCCAGCACUUCGUGUGUGUUGCUCCAGGGUAGGAGGGAGAGAGUGUCUUGGAAUUGAAAUUAGAGGGGAAACCAAAAACUCGCAGACGCCAUUGAUCUGAAAUAAAAGUGAAACGUCGUGGAAAUACAACGGGACAGGAGGCAUUCAUGGGUAGAGUAUCUACCUGCCUCUUGUCUCCCCCCCCACCCACCCCACCAGCUCCCUUCCCUCCACAGACUCUGAAUGUUUGUAACUUUUCCUGUUUUAACACUAAAAAGACUUGGGAAAACAGUUAAUUUCAGGAUGAGAUUUCAGGCCAUUACAAGAGUAAGAGAGCAUCAGUUUGGGGGUGGAAUUGGAGGGAAGAAUUGUUCUUCAUUUCCCCUCUUUAAUUGCUCUCCCUCUGACCCUUUCUACUCUUCCCCAACUACCCAGUUCCCCCCGAAGUCACCCCAGCCGCCAUCACCCUGUUUCAGUCCCUCCUCCAGCUGCCCAAAGCUCGGCAGGUCAGGCAGCAUCUAUGCAGGGAAUGAACAGUCACCGUUUCAGGCCAUGACCCUUCAUCUGGACUGGAAUCUGACAGGAGAGGACUGUGCGCUAUGGGAGGUGGGGCAUCGGAGGCGAUGGUGAUGGAGGGGUGAGGAGAACAGAAGGGGUGAGAGGGGAACCAGAGUCGGGAAUGGAAAAAGAGAGUGGGCGGGUGGGAGAAAGGAUCGGAAGUCAGAGAAAUCGAUGUUCAUGCUGUCAGGUUACAGGCUACCCAGAUGGACGAGGAGGUGUUGCACCUCCAUGCUGAGAGUGGCCUCUUUGUGGCAGUAGAAUUGGAACUGGAAAUGUUAUUGAAAUGGAUGGUCACCAGGAGAUCCUGCCUUUAGUGGCAGAUGGAGCGAAGGUGGGAGACGACUACUCUUCCUAUCGGCCCUCCCCUCCUCCCUUAUUUGACCCUGUGCUCCAUCUUCCUCUCCUAUCACAUUCCACCAUCAGCCGCCCUUUAUCACCUCCACCCAUCACCUCCCAGCCUCUGUCACUAUCCCCACUUUCCCUCCUCCCUGGAUCCACCCAUCACCUCCCAGCCUCUGUCACUAUUCCCACUCUCCCUCCUCCCUGGAUCCACCCAUCACCUCCCAGCCUCUGUCAC